AUGUCAACCAAAAUGUCCGCCGCCUGCAUCUUCUGCAAGAUCAUCAAGGGUGAAAUCCCCUGCUUCAAACUCUUCGAAUCAGACAAAACCCUCGCCUUCCUCGACAUCAACCCCCUAUCUAAAGGCCACGCCCUCGUCAUCCCCAAGCACCACGGCGAGAAGCUCACCGACAUCCCCGACGACCAGCUCGGCGAGAUCUUGCCCGUCGUCAAAAGGCUCGCUGCCGCCACCGGCGCCAAGGACUGGAACCUGCUGCAAAACAACGGCAAGCUGGCUCAUCAGGAGGUCGGGCAUGUGCACUUCCACAUGAUCCCCAAGCCGAACGAGAAGGAGGGGCUGGGUGUUGGGUGGCCGAUGCAGGCGACUGAUAUGGAUAAGCUCAAGGCGUUGUUUGAGGAUAUCAAGGGGAAGAUGUAA